CCGCAGCCUCCUCGCUCCCGUCGUUCACCUCCCACCUCCGUCGCUCAGAUGGCCGGCCGCGGGAAGGCAAUCGGCGCCGGCGCCGCCAAGAAGGCCACGUCCAGGAGCUCCAAGGCCGGCCUCCAGUUCCCCGUCGGCAGGAUCGCCAGGUUCCUCAAGGCCGGCAAGUACGCCGAGCGCGUCGGCGCCGGCGCCCCCGUCUACCUCGCCGCCGUCCUCGAGUACCUCGCCGCUGAGGUCCUUGAGCUGGCCGGCAACGCCGCGAGGGACAACAAGAAGACCCGCAUCGUGCCGCGCCACAUCCAGCUCGCCGUCCGCAACGACGAGGAGCUCACGAAGCUGCUCGGCGGCGCCACCAUCGCCAGCGGCGGCGUCAUGCCCAACAUCCACCAGCACCUGCUCCCCAAGAAGGCUUCUUCCUCCAAGGCAUCCAACGUCGAUGACGACGACAACUGAAGCCACCCCCACCCUUGCCAUGGACUGCGUCUCAUCAGAAGAGGAAUCUCGUUCGGUAGGAUUUAGUGUCGUGGUUCUCAGCCUAGUCCUGAUGUCUUCCGGCGUCUAGGGAGCUCUAGUUGUUGGUUGGAUUGUUUGGGGCCCUGAUGGCUGUGAAUAUGGCAAACAAAAUUUUCGGGUGCUUAUCUCGGAUGUAAGCCUGGUUGUUUAUUUUGCAUCUGUUUCAAUGUGCUCAAGAAAUGACAAGGAGCUCUACUCUUUAAGCUUA